AUGGCGAACCUUUUCCCGGCUUACAAAAGGGAGUCCUUUGCGGAUGCACGCUGCGGCCAGCCGUUCCCCGUCAUGAAGCUGCCGGUGGAGAUCCGCCUGAUGAUUUGGGAAUACGCCCUGCCGCAAUCCCGCGUUUACGAAGUCAUGGACGCCCCGAAUGCAAGCCAGAAGACGCCGGCUGCUGCAGGGCUCAUGUUCGCCAACGUCCGAGAUGAACCACCACCAGCCCUGGGCGGAGUCUGUCACGAGACGAGAGUGUUCGUCCUGCAGCGCUACAGACCUCUUACACUGUCCGUCACCACAAAAUAUGUCGAUUUGUCGCGCGAUGUCCUCCUGCUCGAGCCGUACUUGCUGGUCAAGCGGCUACUCCGAACGCUGCACUUUUUCAGCCAGAUCCCCCUUGUCCGAGACAGUCUCAGCCGGCUUGCAUUCGGAACAUCGUACGGCCUGUACACUGGCAUCUGCCACCCCGUCCUCAGUUGGAAAGUCUCCAAGACGAACAUGGCGACGCUGCUGGCCCGCCUCGCUAAAUUUCCGAAACUGAGAAAGCUGGUCUUUGUCGUCCAUCAGGAAUUCCAGUUCGACUUUGACGUGCAUUACCCGUACGCGGCACCGCAAUCUGCGAAUAGUAAUCUUGGGGCCCUCCGCCCGCAGCAGGUGCACCAAGGAUACCGCUUCAAAUUCGACAUUGAGUCGCAUCUCAAUUACACGCAGCCCCGACACCCGCAUUCGAACGAGUUUCUUUACUACCCGCUGGCCGUGGAAGAGGACAAGGAUGACUGUUUCGACAAGGACGACCUUGAAGACGAAGCCGACCUUUACGAAUCAUGGCCGACGAAUGACGACUGGCGGCGGUUUAGACGGAGGUUUCAUAGGUCGAUGCAUCUAGCUGUCGAGAAGGGCCCAUCUUCAAGUCCUCGGCCAAGGAUAAUGCCCACGUUGGAAGGUGCGAGCUUGCUUUGGAGGUACACCAAGGCACGGCGUCAUUGA